UAGCAGACUAAAAAUUUUCAUACAGAUAUAUACACAUAGUGUCAUCAACGAAUGUGUUAGGUUAAAUUAUACAACUUUUUGCUAAUAUUAACAAAAGUAUAACAAUGUUGGGAAAGAUCAAAACAAAACAAGAGAAAGGAGAGAUCAUUGCAUAUAGUGAAUCUGCUGUUGUAAAUAAUGCUGCAGUAGUAGAAUAUUGUAGGAUAUCAAUGGCAGCAUUAUCAGGUGGCACAGCUGGUUUAUUAGGAUUAACUGGAUUAUAUGGUUUUGGUUUUUACAUUUUUGCUGUAUUUGGAUUAUGGGCAAUGUUAUUGUUAAAAGCUGGAGGUCAAUGGAAAAAAUAUUUUAUAAGUAGACGAAAUCUUCUAACUAGUGGAUUUUUUGGAGGCCUUUUUACAUAUGUGCUGUUUUGGACAUUUUUAUAUGGAAUGGUGCAUGUAUACUGAUUAAAAGAAUAUUUAGAUUUAAGGGUUUAUAUUUUUUAACUAAAUAUAUCGUUAACUAAUUAAAUAUAUCACAAACAAUUGCCAGUUACUGGUCAGAGUAAUAAUAUUGUUGAUAAAGCACUAUGUGAUUUAUUGUAUAUGUAUGUACAUAGAACAUUUUCAAAAAUACAUUUAUUUCAUCUGUUC